GACGCCGGUGGCCACUGGGCUCCGGGACCGCACGUGCGGCUCCCCCCUCGCCGCACAGAUCCUGCAGGGGGCACCAGCCCCGGGAGGUGGAGGCUCCUCCCGCCCGGAGCUGCGCCCCUACCAGCUCCGAGGGUGUAGCCGGCCGCGCCUGGGACGCCCCCUCCCCUCAAAGUGUCCCCGAAUUGCACUCCCUGGCCCCCAGAGCUUCAGCAGAGACAUUCGGGCGCCGCGGCCACCCUGAGUUGGAUGUGACCGAGCCCAGCCUGGGGCCAAGUCGUCGACGACUGUUGCCCCCUCGGCCGCUUCCCACUCCCGCCUCGGCCAUGGCCCCAAGGAUGUCGGGCCGCGGCGGCGCCGCCCUGCUCUGCCUCUCGGCGCUGCUCGCCCACGCCUCCGGCCGCUCCCACCCGGCCAGCCCCAGCCCCCCGGGGCCGCAGGCCAGCCCAGUAUUGCCGGUCAGCUACCGCCUGUCGCGGACGCGGCUGGCCUUCUUCCUGCGGGACGCGCGGCCCCCACCUCCUGCGGUCGCCAACGGCUCCCUGCAGCGCUCCGAGCCCUUCGUCGUGUUCCAGACCAAGGAGCUGCCCGUCCUCAACGUCUCCCUGGGGCCCUUCAGCACCAGCCAGGUGGUGGCCAGGGAGCUGCUGCAGCCGUCCAGCACCCUGGACAUCCCCGAGCGCCUGACCGUCAACUGGAAGGUGCGGGCCUUCAUCGUCCGCGCCCGCGUGCCCGCCUCGCAGCCCGUGGCCCAGGUGCUGUUCUACGUGGCCGGCCGCGACUGGGACGACUUCGGCGUCACCGAGCGGCUGCCCUGUGUCCGCCUGCACGCCUUCCGGGACGCCCGGGAGCACCCGCUGCUGCGCAUCGGGAGCAUCAGCCUGUUCCGCCCGCCCCCCAGGAGGACCCUGCAGGAGCACAGGCUGGACAGCAACCUGAUGAUCCGCCUGCCGGAUCGGCCCCUCAAGCCUGGGGAGGUGCUCAGCAUCCUCCUCUACCUCGCCCCCAACUCCUCCUCUCCCUCCAGCCCCAGUGUGGAGCAUUUCACACUCAGGGUGAAGGCCAAGAAGGGUGUGACCCUUCUGGGCACCAAGUCACGGAGUGGUCAGUGGCAUGUGACCUCGGAGCUGCUGACUGGGGCAAAGCACUCAACAGCCACCGUGGAUGUGGCCUGGGCCCAGGGCACCCCGCUGCCCCCCUGGGAAGGCCAGGGGCCUCUGGAGAUCCUGCAGCUGGACUUUGAGAUGGAGAACUUCACCAGUCAGUCGGUCAAGCGGAGGAUCAUGUGGCACAUCGACUACCGCGGCCCCAGCGCCCGGCCUGACCUGGAGCGGGCGGUCACUGAGUUGACAGUCAUCCAGCGGGAUGUCCAAGCAAUCCUGCCCCUAGCCAUGGACACCGAGAUUAUCAACACGGCUAUCCUGACUGGCAGGACAGUGGCCAUCCCGGUCAAGGUCAUCGCCAUCGAGGUGACUGGCCUUGUCCUAGAUGUCUCUGCCUUGGUGGAAUGCAAAUCUGACAAUGAGGACAUCAUCAAGGUAUCCAGCAGCUGCGACUACGUGUUUGUGAGUGGAAAGGAGUCACGCGGGUCCAUGAAUGCCAGGGUCACCUUCCGCUAUGACAUCCUCAAUGCCCCCCUGGAAAUGACAGUCUGGGUCCCCAAGCUGCCCCUGCACAUUGAACUCUCGGAUGCACGCCUCAGCCAAGUGAAGGGCUGGAGGGUACCCAUCCUCCCCGACCGGAGGUCGGCCCGGGAGAGUGAGGACGAGGAGGAGGAGGAGGAGGAGAGGCGGCAGAGCGCCAGUCGAGGCUGCACCCUGCAGUACCAGCACGCCACCCUGCAGGUCUUCACCCAGUUCCACACGACGUCUUCCGAGGGCGCCGACCAGGUGGUCCCCAUGCUGGGCCCAGACUGGCUGGUGGAGGUCACCGACCUGGUCAGCGACUUCAUGCGGGUGGGGGACCCCCGAGUGGCACGCAUGGUGGACAGCAGCACGCUGGCUGGCCUGGAGCCGGGCACUACCCCCUUCAAGGUGGUGUCCCCACUGACAGAGUCUGUGCUUGGGGAGACGCUGCUAACAGUGACGGAGGAGAAGGUCAGCAUCACACAGCUGCAGGCCCAGGUGGUGGCCAGCCUCGCCCUCUCCCUGCGGCCCAGCCCAGGGAGCAGCCACACCAUCCUGGCCACCACGGCCGCCCAGCAGACCCUCAGCUUCCUCAAGCAGGAAGCCCUCCUGAGCCUCUGGCUCUCCUACAGUGAUGGCACCACCGCCCCCCUCUCCCUCUACAGCCCCCGGGACUACGGGCUGCUGGUGAGCAGCCUGGACGAGCAGGUGGCCACGGUGACCCAGGACCGGGCCUUCCCGCUGGUGGUGGCGGAGGCCGAGGGGGCAGGGGAACUGCUGCGGGCCGAGCUCACCAUCGCCGAGAGCUGCCAGAAAACCAAGCGCAAGAGUGUGCUGGCCACGACCCCCGUGGGUCUGCGGGUGCACUUUGGGCGGGACGAGGAGGACCCCACAUACGACUACCCGGGGCCCAGCCAGCCGGGCCCCGGUGGGGGCGGGGACGAGGCCCGGGGAGCCGGCCCACCGGGCACCGCGGUGCCGGCAGCCGAGGCCCCGGGCCCGGGCACCGCCAGCCCCGCCGUGCCGCCCACGGAAGACUUCCUGCCGCUGCCCACCGGCUUCCUGCAGAUGCCGCGCGGGCUGACGGACCUGGAGAUCGGCAUGUACGCGCUGCUGGGCGUCUUCUGCCUCGCCAUCCUCGUCUUCCUCAUCAACUGCAUCGUCUUCGUGCUGCGUUACCGGCACAAGCGCAUCCCGCCCGAGGGCCAGACCAGCAUGGACCACUCUCACCACUGGGUGUUCCUGGGCAACGGGCAGCCGCUGCGGGGGCAGGGGGAGCUGUCCCCGCCCACGGGCAACCCGCUGGAGACCGUGCCCGCCUGCUGCCACGGCGACCACCCCAGCAGCGGCAGCUCGCAGAGCAGCGUGCAGAGCCAGGGGCACGGGCGGGGCGAUGGCUCCUCGGGCGGCUCGGCCCGGGAGCAGGCCGAGGACGCUGCCAGUUCGCCCACCUCCAAGCGCAAGCGGGUCAAGUUCACCACCUUCACCGCGCUGCCCACGGAGGAGCUCGGCUAUGACUCAGUGCCCGCCGGCGAGGGGGAGGAGGACGACGAAGAGGAUCUGGGUUGGGGCUGCCCAGACGUGGCGGGCGCCACGCGGCCCACCGCGCCCCCAGACCUGCACAAUUACAUGCGCAGAAUCAAAGAGGUGGCAUAGAGGCGCCGUCCGCCCAGGGGGUGGGCUCUGCGUGGGCCACGGCCGGGAGCCCUGCUCACACCGAUGCAGGCUGGCUGAAGUGGAUUUUGUACUCCCUGCCCCUGCAGCUUUGCUCUGUGCUGGGCGGCCAGCCGACCCCACGUGGUCCUUCCCGCCACCUCACCCCACACCCGAUUCUGCCACCGAAGGUGGAGGGCUCCUUCCUCAGGAGCUUGCUAGGAGGAAAGCAAUCCCAGCCCUCGUUCUACCCUUUCCAGACCUCCUCCCAUCUUACACAACCCCCUGCCCCAAAAGUGAGGCAUGGAGGCCAAGCUUGGGGUGAGGCAGGCCUACACUGUGCCCCUGCCCCCCGCCAUGUCCCCUGUCUUCCCCCUGUGCGGGGCGGGGGGGGGGCUUUGGGGGGUCUUGUGUCACAAGCUGCACAAAGACUUUUCUCAAACCACUAUUCAGGGAUUUCUGUCCUGCAGGGUGGGGAGGCGGCGGCUGCCUGCCCUGCCAAGGAUCUUGCUGUGGACAAAAUAUCGGGGGGAUGGGGGGACACUUGUAGCAUCUGUUGGCUUCCAGGUGCUCCCCAGCCCCUUCCCAGCACCUGGGAGCUGACCGUACAGAGGGGUCUUGGGCCAAGCCGGGCACCUUCCUGAGAUCUCAGGACUCCCUCCUCUGUCCCCACCGGCUGUGGGCAGGGUCCUAAAUGGGGAGGAGCCCUGGGCCUGCCCCUAGUAAGCCACACCCCAGCACUGUGGUCUGGGUGGCCCAGGGAGGCUGGGUCCCCCUGCUGAGCCCAGAGCGAGGUCAACACUGCGCCUUAGCCCUGCCCCUCCCGCUCUGCUGACCACUCCUUCCUCUCUGCAGGGGCAGCCACCCAUCCCCCCAGGAAGCGGAAUCUGGUGAGAGGGGGAGAGGGUACCGGGGGAUGCGGUGGAGGACCUUGGGACGGGCAAAGGCAGCAGGGAGCUGGGCAUCUCCCCUACCCCUCCCGGCCCACCGCCACUUCUCUCUUGGGUUCUACCCACCACUGUGUCGGAUUUUCUUAAAUAAAUGGGGGUGACCAGACUGGACCGGAGCAAUAGCUCCCGGGGAACAGAAAGU